GUAUACAAGUAAACAGGUUUAAUCAGGAAAUUGAUUCUGUGUGUGCACCAGGCAGCAGACCUUAUCCUCCAGCUCUCCUCCGCUCCCAUACCUGAACAGGACGUUUCCGCAUUUGGGACGGCCUUCACCAACCACAUGCUGACUAUAGAGUGGGACGCCACCCACGGCUGGCGGGCUCCGCUCAUCAGGCCUUUUGGCAACCUGUCGCUUCACCCGGGCUGCUCAUCGCUGCACUACAGCAUUCAGUUGUUUGAGGGUCUGAAGGCCUACCGUGGGGAUGACGGUCAAGUGCGUCUCUUUCGGCCGAUGCUCAACAUGGAGCGGAUGAUUUAUUCGGCAAAGAAAACUUGUCUACCUGCCUUUGAACCCUCAGAAUUACUGGAGUGCAUCAGGAAACUUGUGGAAGUGGACCAGGACUGGCUUCCUCAAUCAAACUCCAUCACUCUAUACAUCAGACCAACUUAUAUCAGUACUGAGCCAACACUGGCCUUAACGAAGCCUACUCGUGCCUUGCUGUAUGUGAUCUUGUCCAAAGUGCGUUCUUACGCUAUGAUGGGGUUAGAGGAUAUGUGCUUGUGGGCAAACACAAAAUACGAGCGAACCACGAAAGGAGGGACGGGAGAUUGCAAGAUGGGAUGCAAUUAUAGCUGGACCCUGUAUGCAUUGAACGAGGCGAAAGAUUAUGGGUGUAAUGAAGUGCUGUGGCUUCAUGGAGACAACCAUCAAAUCACUGAGGUCGGAAAGAUGAACAUCUUCCUCCACUGGAUUAAUGAGGAUGGCGAGGAGGAGCUUGCCACUCCACCUCUUGAUGGUAUGAUCCUACCUGGAGUCACUCGACAGAGCAUCCUGGAUCUAACAAGACAAUGGGGUGAGUUUAAAGUGACAGAACGCUGCCUGAACAUGCACCAGCUCUGUAGCGCUCUUGAGCAGAAGAGGGUCAAACAGAUGUUUGGCUGUGGAACAGCCUGCACGGUAUCGCCUGUAGGAAGCAUCUACUACCAGGGAGAGCACUGGUACUUUCCCAGUCAAGAGAAGAGCUCCCAGCUAACUACUCGUAUUACAAAGGAACUCAGAGAUAUUCAGUAUGGCCGCACACCCAGUGACUGGACAUAUCUGGUCUAAUGGACGUGAGGAAGAUGGAGCAGACACACAAUGGCCAGUGUGUGUUACACCUCUUAUGCAAUCUUUUCAGUUCAAAUGCAAUGUACUGUACUCGUCAAACAAAGACAAACACACACCCGUCCAGAGUAAUUAACAAAAGCAGGCUUCAGUCUCAAGCAAUACUGCGUAAUAAGUUACAGAACUUCAUACUUAAAGGCUGCGUUCACACAGGUUUAGUUUGGUUAAAUCGAACUUCUGUCAAUUGGGAAAGGCG